AAGGAGUCUGGGGGGUCCGUCAGCCGAGAGGAGCUGCUCCUUGCCCUGCAAAACCUGGAGGCCAUCAUGAUCCAGACGGUGUACGAUAACCGGAUGGCCAAGGUGGGACUGAGCAACGUCGUUAUGGACACCACCACCACGGAAAUCACCGGCCUGGGUGUGGCGCAUCACGUGGAGGAAUGCAGGUGCCCCGUCGGCUACUCUGGCCUGUCCUGCGAGCAGUGCGAGCCUCACUUCAAGAGAGUGCGCGGCGGAUCCUACCUGGGCAUCUGUUCCGGCUGCAGCUGCCAUGGCCACUCCACCUCCUGCGACCCCUUCUCUGGCUACUGCCUGAACUGCCAGCACAACACGGAAGGGCCGCGGUGCGAUAAAUGCAAGCUGGGCUUCUUUGGCGAUGCCACCCAGGCCACCCCGGCGGCCUGCCGGCCUUGCCCGUGCCCGUACACCGAAGCUUCGCGCAGGUUCUCCAACUCCUGUUUCUUGGAUACAGACCGACAGGCCACCUGCGAUGCCUGCUUCCCGGGCUACACAGGACGCCGCUGCGAAAGGUGUGCUCCUGGCUAUGAAGGCAACCCCAUCCAGCCAGGUGGGAAGUGUGUGCCGAUUGGAGGAGGCCCCCAGAUUCCAGAGAAAGAGGUUGUCUGCGACGAGCGAGGGGGCAGGAAGGCGUCGGAUGGGGGCUGCCGGUGUAAGCCCAACGUCCAGGGGCCAUCGUGCAACGAGUGUGCCACGGGCAGCUUCCACUUGAGCCACAGGAACCCCGAGGGCUGCCUCCGCUGCUUCUGCAUGGGGGUCUCACGCCAGUGCGCCAGCUCCUCCUGGAACAGAGAUCAGGUGCAGCUGGUUCACGAAGAUGCCCAGAGGGGUCAGUUCGGCCUCGCCAACUCGGCCAACACCCAGACGGUCAGCGAGGGGAUUCGCUUUACGGGGGGCUCGGAGCUCGCCUUCUCUUCCUUCCACCUUCUGCCACGGGACGUCUACUACUGGGUGCUGCCCGAGCGCUUCAGGGGGGACAAGGUAACAUCCUACGGUGGAGAGUUACGCUACACCAUCAGCCACGAUGCCUUCCCUGGCUCCCCUCUGCUGCGCGGCCGGGCUGACGUUCUGAUCCAGGGAAACGGCAUUUUCUUGGAGCACGUGACUGCAAGCACCCCUCUGCCCGGCGAGCCAACCACCUUUGUGGUGCCCUUCCGGGAGCAAGCCUGGCACCGUGCCAAUGGGCAGAACGCCACCCGGCAGCACCUCCUGAUGGCGCUGGCUGACAUUGAUCUUUUCAUGAUCCGGGCCUCCUAUGCCGAGCGGCCUUCUGAGACCAG